CACUACACGCUGCUUUUCUGUCCUCGAACCGCAAAGCAUCUUUAUUAAAAGAUUACGGCUGCAAAACGAAUCUGACCAUUUCUAAGAGCUCCGGUAAAUGAUGGACAUCAUGAACACUGUUGGUUUUCACACACAGCUAACAUCCAUAAUGGAAGUGUUGGCGAAUGCAGCUGUUGUUGAAAUAGGCAAACUUUUCGAAGAUCAUUACGCUCUGUUGGGAUUAGAGAUAAAGCGAUGUACAAACGAAAACGACUCUCUGAGAAAGAAAUGUGUGUUUCUGGAGACUGAACUUCAGGCUGCCCGGAGAAACACCAGCAGGAUGAACGAGACUAAAGCUUCAUUCAGCGACGGACCGACAGACACAGGGCUUCCUGCAAUUGACAAUGUGUUUGGUAAGAAGUGGUGCAUGGACUUGUGGAGAGACGAGGAGUCAAACAUUUGUCAAAAUGAGGAGACGAAUCUGAGCUCUUCAGCUAACACAGUAGAGACAGUUGAUUUCUUGAAUGAAGAAGCAGACGGGAUCCUGAUUAAGGUUGAGACGUUUGAGGAUUGGCCAAGUCAAAAUAAAACUGAAUAUAAAAGCAACAGUUUAAGUAGUACAGGACCUGCAGUGGGCAGCAUUGAGAGAUGUGAUGCUGAGAGUUCAGCAGAUUUGAUCACAUACACAAUACCUACAUGUGACCAAGUGCAAUCAAACGCACCGCAGAGACAAACCGAUAAACCAACUCCUAAUGCAAGACUUUCUACACAUGGAAACAGUCCAACACAGCCUCAUUUGAUGACUGAUGAGGUUGUUUCAACCUUUACCAGUAGCGCUAAAUUCAGCAGUACACAAAACCAGACGAGCGCUUCAGGAAUUAAAAAGAUUGAAUGUAUACACUGUGGAAAAACCUUUAACCUUCGAAGAUGUCUGAACUUACACAUGAAGACACACUCUACUGAAAAAGGUUUUGGCUGUACAAUCUGUGGCAAACUAUUUGCUACAAAGAGAGCCCUGUCAAAACACCACCGGAUCCAUAUGGAUGAGAGGCCGUAAACGUGCAUGGACAGUGGGAAGAGUUUUGUCUAAAAGUCUUAUCUUACUAAGCAUCUCCAAACCCAUACCAGCUAAAGCAUCUCCAAAGCCAUACCAGAGUAAAGCCUUAUAGUUGUGUCAAAUGUGGUAAAGUUACACAAACAAAUGGGAUUUUGAUAUACACCAGUGCUAAAAAAUAUGAAAGUAAAUCAUCUAAUAAUGAACAUCUAUUUGUAGCUUUAGUUUGAAAACUUCCUGUCAGUAUGUUUCUAUUACAACAGCAGUGCUGACUAACUAUGAGGCUUUUUAUAGGCCUACCCGGAUAAGAAACAUUUUGUUUUGUUUCUUAAAUACAAGUUUACACUGUUUUUAUUUUUCACUUAAGUUUUUAUUUGAAGAAAAUGUUACAGUUGUAGACUGUAUAUCACAAAUAUAUAUCACAAAUAUAAUAUCUGUUUAUUAUAAUAAUAAUAAUAAUAAUAUAAUAUCUAAAUGUUUUUAAAAGUAUAUUAUUACUAAUUGUUAUCAUUAUAAUAUCUGUGAUCCGAUCACUAAGUAAAAAGUAUGUAUACAUCA